UCCCCUGCAAGUUCUUCCAUACUUACGAGAAGUGCUACCAAGGAGACCAGUGCAGGUUUUCCCAUGAACCCCUGACUGAGCUCACCAAACAGCUACUGGAGGCAGUCAGUAACUGUCUACCCUGAGAGACACUCCUGCUCUUACAGACUGACAUAUUGGUGCUCCCUGUUACCAUUAUCUACUAACUAGGGCUUAUGUCUCCUAUGCAGGCAUUGAAGAGGGACAAGGACAUUGAGGAACUGGCUAAAAACGACAAGCCAAUCAGCAUGGAGGAGCCAGUGGCCACAAAGGAGUCGGUGACAGCUGAGGAGACAAAGCCUGGCAUUGACAUAUUCCUGAAUCCCCUAAGGCCAAACUUUUACAACAGCUCAUGCCCCUCUGAGCCACAUGCUGAGGAAAGUACCACCGUGUAUCAGAAUGAAGUGUCAGCUGAGGUCGUGGAGAAGGAAAUUGCCACUCCUACAGCGUCUGUUUGGUCUGCUGAUCCUCCCCCAAACUCUGGCUUUAAGGAACCGGUUUUUUAUUCAGUUGAGGCUGUGCUUGGGUCCCAUAGGCCCCUGGAUAAACCCUUCCGUAGCUUCUUUGCAGCCUCUAUCAGCCAGACCUCACAGACCCAACCAGAUCCCCCCCACAACUACAUUAGUUCCUCCAGACUCCCUUGUGAUCCACUCUUAAACUCUACAUGCAGCAAGAUAAAUGUUCCUUAUUCAGUCGAAGCUGUGCUUGGAUUCCAGAAGCCUGAAGAAAAACCCUUCACACUCCCCACACAGAUCCAAUCAGAUCCCCCCAGCACUACAUUCGUUUCUCCAGACCCAAUUAGUUUGUCUGAUCCUUGUCUGAAUAAGAGGCAGGCUUCUUAUUCAGUUGAGGCUUUCUCUACGGCCUAGAAGCCAGUGAAAAACCCCUUUUGCAGUCUCUUUGCAGGGACGAUCAGCCAGACCUCCACUACACCUCUCAUACAGAACUCUGCUAAUUCGCCCUUCAACACCCCAGGAUGUAAGGGACUAGCUUCUUAUUCAGUUAAGGCUGUUCUAAAGUCCCACAAGCCUGUGGAUAACCCCGUCCGCAGCCUCGUUGCAGGCCCCAUCACCCAGUUCUCUCGCCACCCUGAUAUACAGACCCAACACCCAACUAGAUCGUCCUAGCACUACAUUAAAUCCUCCAGACUCCAUUCAGCCCCUUGAUCCUCCUUCAGUCUAUAAGAGGCCGGCUUACUAUUCAGCUAAAGCUGUGCUUGGAUCUCCUAAACCUUUGAAACCAUCCUUCAGCAGCCUCUUUGCAGGCCCCAUCAGUCAGACAUCUCCCCAACCUCUCACACAGACCCAACCAGAUUCCCCUAGCGCUACAUUUGGUCCUUCAGAUUCUGCACCUCCUGCAGGCUGUAAAAGGCCGGCUUCGUAUUAUGUUACGGCUUGAGCCCGAGAAGCCUGUGGAAAACCUUUUUGCAGGAAUCAUCAGCCAGACCACUCUCGACCCUCCCUCACACUCCCAAAACUCCCCAGGUUGUAAGGAACCAGCUUCCAACAAGCCCAUGGAAAAACCCUUAGCCUCUUUGCAGGCCCCAUCAGCCAGACAACCCUCCCUGACCCUCCCAGACAGAUGCAACCAAAUCCCCCCAGAACUCCAAUUGGUCCCCCAGACCCCAUUCGGUCUUCUGAGCCUCUCUCAGUCUGCAAGAGACGGACAUUCUCAGUUGAGGCUGUCAGUGAGUCCCAGAAGUCCAUGGAAAAACCAUUCCGUAGCCUCUUUGCCGGCCCCCUCACACAGACCUCCACUUCCGGCCAUCCAACACAGACCCAACCAGAUCCCCCUAGAAAUUUCACUGGUUGUAAUAGACAAGCUUCUGAUUCAGUUUAGGCUAUGCUUGAGACUCAGAAGCCAGUGGGAAAACCCUUUCGCAGCCUCUGAAGGCCCCAUCAGCCAGACAACCCUCCCUGACCCUCCAACACAGACCCGGCCUUCUCCCCCAAUAGUUGAGCCUAAACCGGAGGUGCCAGACCCAACACCGCUCACCGAGCCAUCCACAACCUAUUCUGUUCUGAGGACCCUCUUUCUGAGCCCAUGCCGCCAUGAGGGGGAGCAGGCAAUCAGUAACAGCUGCGAAGAUCCAGGAGGUGAUGGCCUGUGUUCCAGUGAAGACAAAAUCACCAGAGGAUCUACUUCCACAGGACAGCAGCGGCAGAGCUAGGAGGUGGUUGAGGAGCCGGAGAGUGAGCGUGAGGAGCCGGAGAGUGAGCGUGAGGAGCGUGAGCGUGAGGAGCCGGAGAGUGAGCGUGAGGAGCCGGAGAGUGAGCGUGAGGAGCGCCUAAUGGAUUCACCAACAGCUCAUCCCUCAGAACCAUUAGUGCCUUACGUGCCUGUUACGAAUCCCUUUUGGCCCGACAGUCUAGGGGGGAUGGUAGUGAGACCCGUAACAUAACUCAUGCAAAUGAUAAUUGUGAGAACGAAAUAACCAGGACAACUGAAAUCUACCAUCAAACUCGGGGUUUAUUGUAAAACACACGGUAAUGGGGGGAGCAGGAAAAGGGGCUGAGCUGGACCCAAGGAAAGAAACAAUAAGUAUUCAAACACCCCUAAGCUAGACUAGCCUACUUUAACAACAGCUAACUAACUAACCAAAAAUACAGUGGGUGGUCCGCCCAGUUCUAACUAGUGUAUUUAACAAAGUCUACCUACAGGUAGUGUAUGCCCAUGGGCGACUUGUCUUGGUUCCCCCUUUUCCCACCAGAAAACAAACACCAUAACCAAAAACAAUACUCACAGGUGAUGACAAAGUGCUAUGGAGGUUCUCAAACAAAAGAUAGCUCAAUACACAAAGAGUGAAACAGAGAGAUCUACAGACAUGGCAUUUACAGAGAGAUUGAGCUCUAGAGCAAACAACUGAUGGGGUUUUUAAACCAAGGGAAAUGAACUGUGAUUGGGUAGGAAACAGGAGGAGGUGUGUCUUCUGAUUGGGGAGUGAUGAUUUUCACCUGUGAGGGGAGAAGGAGAAUACACACACAGGAUACUUGUAUCCGUAACAGUGCCACUUGGUGACCCUUGCCAGGCUGAUAUCACCCUACCACGGUCCACCUUCACCUGGGACGUGGUGUGGUCCUUUGAAGACCUUGCCCCUCUUCCUCCCCCCUCACUCAAUCUGUCCCUCUGGCCUCCCCCUCUGAGAGAACAUCAGGUCCUGCUGUUGGACUGUCCAGCCCUGCAGGACUCAGGCCACAGCCUUCCCCACAGGACUCCAACUCUCAGGAGACUGCAGGAGAGCAUCUCAUUCCCUCUGGGAAUUCAGGUAGGAGUCGGGUCCAGGUGGAUACCCCCGGCGUUCACAACCUUCCAAUCCAAGCGAUGGUACGGAUCACUCGACGUAACACUGAUGUACAACCACAGCGACUAUCUGGACAAAUGAGGGGUAUAAGUGACAACGUGGGUGACAAAAAACACUGAAAGACCUUAAGACUUGACCCCACAUCAUCUCCCUUCAGACAGUAACUGCAUUUGGACUAUGGUUCAUAUUGUAUGCACUGUCGGUCAAUGGACUACACACCAAGACUUACACAAACACUUGGCCUUCAUAUGAAUGCUUUUGCUCUAGUGUAUUUUCCUGCUAACAGAUCAGAACAGCAAUUCAUUGCAAAAAUGAUUGUGUAAAAUGCAAGAAAACAAUUACACGCGUGUGCACACAACCCUCCUUAACUCCAUUUGAUAAAACGUGUCCCAUUGAUAUCAUUACUUGGCAACAGCUAAUGUUACUGAUGAAUUGUCAGCCUAGUCCGUCUUGGUGAGAAUUGUUUAGGGAUUUUCUUAGAUGAGGCAUGUUGAUGUUUUUUUACAGAAUAAAAUGUACAUUUGGUUAUUUAAUGUUAA